GCAGCGCAGCAGCGUUAUAGUAAAGGAGAAAGCAUGUAAAGAUGGCGGAGCUGCAGAUGCUGCUGGAGGAGGAGAUUCCUGCGGGACGGACCGCGCUGCUGGACAGUUUCAGCAACCUGGAGAGAGUAGCCGAGUACUGCGAAAGCAACUAUGUCCAGUCUGCAGACAAGGAGCAAGCGCUGGAGGAGACCAAAAACUACACCACCCAGUCUCUGGCUAGCGUUGCCUACCUCAUCAACACGUUGGCCAAUAAUGUGCUACAGAUGCUGGACAUCCAGGCCUCGCAGCUCCGGCGCAUGGAGAGCUCAGUCAACCACAUUUCACAGACUGUUGACAUUCACAAGGAGAAGGUGGCUCGGCGAGAGAUCGGGAUCCUGACCACCAACAAAAACACAUCCCGCGCUCAUAAGAUUGUUGCUCCAGCCAACCCAGAGAGGCCGGUGCGCUACAUCAGGAAACCCAUUGACUACGGCGUGCUGGAUGACAUCGGACAUGGAGUCAAGUGGUUGAUGAGGUUCAAGGUGAACGGCCAGCAGAACAUGAAACUAGGAGGGGGUCUGUCCCGGUCCAAUCCCCCCACGCAAAAACCACCCAGCCCUCCAAGGGCUGGCAAGGGCAUUUUGGGGAAGAGCUCCCCCUACAGGACACUGGAGCCAGUGCGCCCACCAGUGGUGCCCAACGAUUAUGUUUCCAGCCCGACCAGAAAUAAUGUACCUGCUGGGCAAAUUCCAAGUCCAGGCCGCACCGCCACGCUCAACCAUCGGCCCCGAACAUACAGUGGCAGCAGUGGGGGCAGCCAUCCCAGCAGCAGCAGUCGCAGCAGCAGCAGGGAGAACAGCGGCAGCGGCAGCGUGGGCGUUCCCAUCGCCGUGCCCACUCCCUCACCACCUUCCACCUUCCCAGUCUCUCCUACUGCUGGACCAGCUAGCUCUUCCUCCACAGCUCCUAACUCGUCCCCCUCUCCCUCCUCAACCCCUUCCUCCUUCUCCUCCUCCUCGUCCACUGCAACCUUAACCCACCCCCACGUACCUCUGCCACCAACCUCCCCUGCACACCAGGCAAACUCCCCUCCUCAGACAAACUCUCAGAUAAAUACACCCAACACUAACGUAGUCCCACCUUCCAGCCCCUCUCCCGGCACAUCCGAGGUCCAAUCGGAGAUGUCUUCUCUCCCCGCCCCUCUUCCUACACUCUCCUCCUCUUCAUCACCUGCUGAAGGCCCGGCUGUCCCUCAGUUCUACAGCAUGAACCGGCCUCAGCCCCGACAGCAGCCCCCCCAGGUGGGGGGGUCACUGCCGUACCGCCGACCCCCCUCUGUGACCGGGCAGCCAAUCCCCACAGAGAACCACGUCAACGGCGGCCCCGGCUACAACCAGAGUCCAGCGUCCCCUCCACCCGCCUCCAUCCUCCAGUUCACCCCACAGCUUCCUCUAAUGGGUUUUGUUGCUCGAGUUCAGGAGUCCAUUUCAGACACCCCUCCUCCCCCACAUACGUCUGCUGAGAACCACUCGGGCCCGGAGGAGCCUCCCCCCACCCCACAGCCGCCGGAGGACGGACACGAGGAGGAAGACUCUGCAGUGGUGGAGUACAGCGAUCCCUACGCUGAAGAAGACCCACCAUGGGCCCCCAGGAGCUACCUGGAGAAAGUGGUGGCUAUCUAUGACUACACAGCAGACAAAGAGGACGAGCUGUCGUUUCAGGAAGGAGCAAUUAUUUAUGUGAUCAAGAAGAACGAGGAUGGAUGGUUUGAAGGAGUGAUGCACGCCACCACGGGCCUCUUCCCUGGAAACUAUGUUGAGUCCAUCAUGCAUUACGCUGACUGAGGAGCAGCUCUUGUGUGUCACUGUCGGGGUUUAAUAGCUGCAGAUCAAAGUCCAGUUUGAACUUUUGUACAGAAAGGCUGAUUCUGUUCCACACUUGUGUUUUGCUCCAGUAAAUUCACACUAACCACUUUUAAAACAAGUAAAUCAUCACUUUUCAUAGGAUUAUUUAUUUGACUGGGAUUCUGUUUUCAAACCAAUAAGGCCUUUCAUUCAGUGUUUCUUUGAUGUUCCAGAUGCUCUGUGCGCUGCACCUUUCUAGUUAGAAUAUUAGGAGUGUUUCACGUGUUUUACACUGCGAGUAACACUGAGUAACAAAAUGGGGGGUAUUGAGUUAGCUUUAAAAAAAACCCUGUUUUCGUUCAAAAAUAAUUUGGGAACAUUAUUUGAUUAGGCAAAGCUGUGAUUGAGUUUAUUCGUUGUUGGAGACGACAUUGCUAGAAAGCCCUGCUUCUCCUGUACACAAACAGGAAAGAAGCUUGGUUUUAGGUUUGAUUUAACCCAUCACAGCAUAGACUGUUUUGAACAAAAGUGAAUUGUCCCGUUUUGAGUUUGAAUGGCAUCAUUACACAUAUAGGUGCUCUUCAGAGUCACAUUCUGUGUUUUUAUUUAGCGGUUUCUCAAGAAAUAGUAUUUAAAACAUACUGUAAAGCACACUAACUCAACCAGAUUUUACAGCAAUAACUCCAAGUUUUUAGGAAAUAAAAGGCUAUGCGUUGUUGAAAGGUGCAUGUAUAUUAGACACCUGCCAAGCAUCAGUCACGUCAUGUCAGAGAAGACGUAAAGAUUCACCUUUUAGACUGGAUUUUGUUCUGAUUACAGAAAUGUGUCUAAAAAUCCUGACACAAUUUGUUUGUUUUCUUGUGAUGCCAUUCAAACAUAUCUGUGGUCCAGAGAUGAUCAAUGUCCUUAAAUGUACUCAGAAAUGACAGGCACACAGCUAAAAAUGGCAACUAUUUCCCUGAGAAUAAUGCAGAUAUGUCCAUUCUUAAAAACACUGCAAAGGGCUGUAGCUAAUAGCUCUUUUUAUGUGAUGCAAUAUUUUCUAAUUUGUCAAAAUGUAUAAAACAAAAUACUACAUUAUAUUUUAGAGUAGUACCUAGUACAGUAGGAAGAAUUACUAAAGUAUAUUGUUUAGCCCCAUUCAAAACUUGCUCUAAGAUAUAUUUUCUGAUGAUUAAUCUUAUUUUUGGUCAAUUUUAUGUCAAAAACCUGUGACUACAGUUACCCCUCGACAUAUACAGGGGGGGCUGAUUUUUAUUCCAGUGUUAUGAAGAAGAACAUGCACAACAUUCCCGACUGAAGAUUAACAAUCAGGUACCAGUGAAGGAAUCUCAAGGGAGAUGUAACUCAAUAAGAUGUUAAACAAGUUUGUCUUUAUCUGAUUCCAGAAGUAGGACUUCUUAUGAUCAACUUAACAUGAGCACUUUUUAUCAGAAGUAAACAAAAACAGGAAAACGCAUGUUUUCAAGUGUGUGUGUGUGUGUGUGUGUGUGUGUGUGUGUUUGUGUGUGUGUGUGUGUGCAAAAGGAAAUUGUGCAAUGAAAAUAAUUCUCCUAAUUCUCGCUUUCUGUUACAUUCGCCUUAAAAAAAAAACCCAACAACCUGCAACUUUCCUGCUUCGUGGAGCCUUGUUUUCUUUUUUUUUGUCAGUGAAGUAAAAAUAAAAAAAGAUACAUGGGGCUGUGAAAAUAAACUGGAAUAGUGAAAAGCAGUUAAGAAAUAAUACACUAAAACGAGCCUCUAGAUCUUUACCAGACUGCGAAAGCAGAACUCAUUGAAGGUGUUCAAGUUACCAGUCAGUUGCUUCUGUGCCAUAAGUUUCCCUACUAGCACUUUUCUAAUGGAACUUAACUCUACAUUAACUUUAAAAGUGAACUCGUAGCUGAAAGAAGCUCAUUAGUUCUGCAGUAAAACUGCCAGAAAACCCUCCCCUGUGUUGACCAGUGUAGACCGAGCAGUGAUGUUAAUGUGUGGGGAGUUUUUUCUUUUUUACUCAGUGUGGGUGUUUGUUGUUAUUUUGCUUCCCUUUGAUCAAUAUUCUAUUUAAGCCAGUAGAUUUGAAUGCAAACUAUUGAUCCAAACUAGUUGAGCACUUAAAAGCAAAUGUAUUAGAUACAUGCAAGCCUUGUAUUUGAUCAGCUCUGCAGAUGGCGCUGUCCCUUUUCUAGUCCCCAGAAGUUCAGUCUGGGUGAGUUCAGCGGUUCUCUGACGCUCAUCUACUUCCAUCGUCAGGUCAACACUUUGUUGUUAAAACACUGAUUUAAAUGAGAAAGCAAAUACACUCGCAUGGAAGGAAAUAAUGACUUACUUAAGGGAGUUACCAUAGUUAGACGCGCUUCCGUGUUUCUAUUGUUGUCAAACCAACUGAUCCUCCUCAUCCAAUCUCUUGGUACUUAAUUUGUCACAAGCUCAUCUUUCAAAUCUAAUGAUUACAAAUAAGAUAGACUCUUCAAGUUUAACAAUCUUGUUAAAUCUGGUUUAACUGUCCAAAUAGUAUGAGGUGUUGAAAGGCUAAUUUGUUUAUAUUAACUAUGUUUGGCCUCCAAGUUGACCAGUGACUAGCCAUUUCCAGGUGUUCUGUUGUGGUGUGGAAGCGUAUUAAACAUUAGAAACUACCAGCUAAAAUGUGACGAUAUCUUUAACGUAUUAUUUGCUUUAAAUCUGUUUAUUUACAAAUGUCAGCCCUGGUUAUGACCAUCCCUCCAGUGAAGUGUUGAUCAGUUCCUCCCAAACUGAACCAUGAAAGUGAACUUUUACCAUAAAAUUCCCCCGUGUCCUUCCCGGUCUGAUCUCUACUCCCCUCGUAGUUCUGUGGUUGUGUAGUGAAGUGGACCUGCACACGUGCCGGGUGGAGAUUCUGGGCCUGUUGCCAGUUUUUAAAGUUUACAGUGUGCUUGUCUGCAUGCAUAAUAUAUUGCUGACAUUUACAUUCACAGUGAUGCUUUUUGAUUUUUGUUUUUAUGUUUCACCAUAAUGCUUUAAUGCUGUUUGAGCUUCCAAUUAUAAAGCUCUUGUGCAGUUUUUUGUUUUAAUUCCCCUUUAUCAAAAGUCAUGUGAACUUUAUACUUUCUCAGAUAUUAGAUAUUUUUGUGCCAUAAACCUGCGAGUGUGUUGUGACGUGAAUGCAGAUAGGUGUGAUGAACUGGUAUGAACCAAACCUAACCUUGUUAGAUGAAGUGAGUCUGGACCUGAAAACAGUGCAUCCUUGUUGUUCUGCGUUUUUUAAGAGGAAAUUUACAACAAUAACCAAAGUAUGCCAAAUUUCACACAGAAAAAAGUCUGUUUUCAAAGAAAAUUAUUUUUCCUUUUUUUUGCUCCUUUUCUAUGUUAAUCAGAAGUUCAAUAUUAAAAUAUUACUAGCAGUUUAUAUGCUCUAGUCAGAAAUUAUUUUCUGUAAUGUUACAACUACAUAUUCUUAAUCAUCAAUUAUUAUGGAUGUUUUUUUUAAAUUGUGUCUAAAGAUUUUUGUUAAAUAUAUGUAACUGUGUGGAAGAUUUUCAAUUUAAGAAUUAUUCUCCAGAUUAAGAUUAUUAAAAAAGACAUUUACUGACUACAUAAUCAGGAAAAAAACAAGAAAAAUGUAUAAGUAAAUGAGAUUGGUGGUGUCAUUAUCCCAGAAAAGACAAACCAACCAAGUACAUAUGUGAGGACAAAGAAACAAAGUGGUUUUGUAAAAAUGACAGGUGGGCAUUAAUUCAUGAGGUCUUAGAUGAACAUGCGAGAGGAAGUACAGGUGAGUUUCUGAUCAUAUGCUCCUCAUGUUUUGUGAUGUUCUGGCAUACUUUGAUUUUUGUUUUGCAUUCAGUAACCCUUUAAGUAGUGUGGAUUGACAGAUGAUCUUUGAAAUGACAGACUGCUUCUCCAAGGCUGACAUUCACCAGGAAUAUGCCUCAUUGUCCUAGUUUCUUAUUUGAAUCCCAAAGAAUAAUACAAAAUAAUGAAUUUAUUAAUAAUAUUA